CCCACUGCAGACAGCCAAGAUGAAAAUCAAGGAUAUGUCAUUCAAGGAGGGGCAUGAGCUGAAGAUCAGAGUCAAGCCCAAGGACGACUGUUCCACAUUCGCCAUCAACAUUGGUCAUGACUCGGACAACAUCGCCAUGCACUUCAACCCCCGCUUUGAGCACGAGGGUGACUACAACACCAUCGUCUGCAACUCUGCGUCUGGGGGAUGCUGGGGUGACGAACACCGGGAGAUGAAGUUCCCCUUUGUGCGUGGAGAGGAAUGCAAGUUCUACAUCAACUACAACAACGAGCAGUUUUACAUCAAGCUUCCCGACGGCAGCAUGAUGAACUUCCCCAACCGACUGGGAGACGUCAAAUACAAGUACUUUGACGUCACCGGUGACGCCAGGAUCAUCGGACUCAAGCUCAAGUAGAGGCCGUCCUCUUCACGUGCUUUUGUUUUCGCUACAUUAGUCUGUUAAACAAUAGUGAGCCCAGGUCUGAGUGUUCCUGUGGGUUCUUCUGAGGCUUGUGAAGGUGAACAUCUGAGACUUUUACCAACUGUGUUCUGUGGUGUAAUGACAGGAUAUGGCCUACAGAGGGAGCCACAGUACAUGUUAAAUCACUG